AUGUCUCUCAAUGGCUUGGAUAGUCCCAAGGUUACUGAGGCUUAUCAAUCAGCAUUGACAGAAGCGGGCGGCUGGUUCCUGCUGAAAUACGCUUCGAGAGACGAGAUCGAAGUCUUCGCGCGCGGUAGCCGAGGCGUGGCAGAGGCACGAGCAUCAAUCGCGCAACACACGGACAAGGCCCCUCUCUACGGCUUUCUCCUCUACCGUCGGCGGAAAGUCCUGAUAAAAUACCUCCCGGAGGGCACCUCACGGCUGCUGCAAGCACGUGUAGCUGUCCACUUUCAAAGCAUUGCCGACAAAUUCUUACCUCAUGACACAAUAUUUACUAUCAGCUCCUCCGAAGAUCUCAAUGAUUUCACUUUGACUGCAGCAUGUUCGCUGCACGCCGCCGCCUCAUCGAGCCGCUCGUCCAGUGGCUCUGCGCGGCGCAAGAAGUUGGAUGGUAUAACAGAGGAUGAGGAGGAGGAAAAGCCGGGCACCAUAGACCCAGUGCAGGAGGAAGGCACUGUUUCCGUCCUAGGCACAGCUAUUAUGGGUUCCUUAGUGCCUCCAGAGCUGCAGAGGGUUGAUGCGGCACCAAAACGCGUGUCUAUUGAUCGGCCGCCCAUGACACCAAGAGCUAAGACAUCCGUCUCCCAGCUGAUGCUCGGUGUACUCCCAAGUCCACCCGCUGCCUCGAUCAAGGAACAUGCAGCCUCCGACUACGCGGCUUCCAUAACCUCUCUUGAACAAUACAAAUCUCGCGUACCGCUGGAAGACCAGUUACGCCUGUCUUCAUACGAGGAACGGCCUAACAUCUCGGUUACACACGAUCAUGACCCUUACAGUUACAUGUCCGAUCAAUACGGCUUCAAGCCGAAGAUCAAACUAGGUCCGCGUCCAACCACAAAUCCAAGAAAACGUCCUCACACCUCAGGGACCGCUUCGAAGGAGCGAGCCAUAUCAAUCCUACCUGCAGGACUCAAAGUCGCACCGCGGAAGCACGACCGGGACCCAUCCCCUCGCAAUUCCAAAGGGCUGAACCCUGUGCCGAGUAUGAGUGUGCCCCCACCACCACCUAUACCUAAUAGUCCCGAGAUAUCCAUUGUGAUGUCUGCACGACCAACGUCCAGUGGAACCGCCAAGUCUCUGCCUGCAUCCAUCUAUGCUAGGUCAACCGGUGUGACACCUGAAAAGCAGCGGCUUGUUAAAGCACUAGAGCUGAGGAGAAAGCGGCAAAGCGCUGCCCGCUCCUUGAAAGCAGAAUCCAUGGAGGCGCCACCGUCUGUACCAUCUAUCGCUGAAGAAGAGGGCACGGACGAUGCCAGGUUACUUCCGAAGAGCAGUCUCGUAGAAGACACUGCGGUUGCGUCGAGGGCGGGAACAUCAUUUCUAGGCAUGGCCCAGGAAGAGUACGAUCCUUUCAACGCAUCUCGAGCGCCAAUGCCUGUCAGCACAAGGCGUUCGAAACAGCAUGGAGACAUAGCUAUGGUGUAUAUCUCAGACACUAGGCCGAGAGUGCGAGCUUCAAGGUCUUCCCUUAUGGAAUGCCAGCUUGCCACCAAAGACUUGGAAGCCCUGGCAAAUGAGAGUUCGGCGGAAGAUGUGGAUCAGUCAAAGGUUGAUUCUGGAGUGGACGUUGACUAUACCGAGCCGCGGGAGCCAGAGCAGGACGUCUCAACAGUUGCAGCCUCAUCACCAAUUUCCGACGACUUGACAGACGCUUCUUCCACUCGUCCAUCAUCCGCAUCUGAGAUACUCCAUCAUGAUGCGUCACCAUCUACAAAAGGCGCCGAGGCAGCGCUCUCGUCCAAUCCUGAUAUGCGUACACCAGAGCCUGCGUUCGAGAGAAGGAAGGAAUCCUCACCACAAUCCUCGCCUACCGCAACCAGCGAGCCGGUUGUAGCCACUGUCAGAAAAGAUGCGGAUAGUUCCCUUCAACCGAAGACCGCCAAUAAUUACGAUGUGAUUAGACAUAGCCUGUUCGUCGGGGGCGGGCACACCAUUCAUGUUACUGGCUCGCCCACCAAGUCGGAGCACUGGAGCAACAGCCAGACAGGAGAGAAGGAGAAGCGUCGUGGUUUUGUGGAGCCGCUGCACGUCGACUGCAACAGUGCCGAGAACUCAGACGCAGAUUAUCUUUCAGACGACUCUUUCAUGGAGGAGCUGCAGAGCGCAACUGUUGAGGAGGCGAAACCCAUGUCUGUAUCAAUCUCGAGAUCUCCGGUCUUGCCUUUCUUUCCAAGGAGAUCGAGCUCGGCGCUGUCCGUAGAUCGUAGAGUGGCUACAGAUCAGGCGGCCAGCAUCGAGCCGCGGGCAAGUGAAGAUCAUCUCUCACCUGAGCCAUUUACGGUCAGGGCAACAAGACUGCCACCCGCCUCUUCUUCCCGCCCUUCAUCCCCAUACUACGAGGCUGUGUCGAUAGCCAAGAAGACAAAGGUUUCGACUGGUAUAUCCAAGAGAAUACAAGCCCUGGCGGACAACCUAGAUCGAGAGACUCCUGUAUCGACCUCACACAGCCCUACAGGGUCGCCCGACUUCUCGAACUCCCUUGUCGCACUCCGCAAAUCAUCUUUUGCGCAGGAAACGCCGUCCAGACCAGGUUCGUCCGCUGGAAUGCACAGAUCACGGCCGAGCAAGACUUCGUUCCCAUCUGUACUAGCUCCUUCUGACUGUCCCGCGUCCCCCCUCCCGCAGUCAUCACCGGCGCCGAAAGACGGCAUCUCCACAGUCUACAAUGUUCUUCAGGAGAACGACGGGCCAGAGUCCAUCUCCGUCACCGCACGCAUUGUGCGUGACGGCCGUACAGAGAAGCCCGACCUGACCAUGCCAACAGGGGCGACACCACUAGAGCUGCAUGAGUGUCCAGUCGUCAUCGAACACCAGAUAGCGAGCCCUAAGAAAUUGACUACGAAGGCCAGCCCCGCGAAGCCGGAUGCAGCACUGCCGCUAGCUUCUCCAACAAAGCCAAUGAGAGACGGCUCCUCAUCUGCACUCCCCAGAUCGUCGUCAGAAGUUAGCUGGAAAUCAUUUGGUCGCCGAAUGAGCGAAGCCAAAUCCCCGCCGCCAUCAAGGUCCGCUAGAAGCAUGUCAAACACCAGUCUCAACAGCAGUCUCGAUGCUUUCGAUGAAGACAACGUUGAUGAGAAGAAGCCUUCCAAGGCGAGCCGCCUCUUCAAGCGGAUGUCUUCUUCUCUGUCCUCCGCUUCACGAAGAAGCAUACAAGUCAUCAGCCCGCCAGUUCGGGAAGAAGACCGGGACACCCUAGACACGGCGGAACCACCGAGUGCGGUGGUGAUAGGCGACGUGAACGUGCAGUUCCCCGACACGCUGCUGUGGAAGCGGCGAUGGGUUGAGAUCGAUCCCCAAGGCAAUCUUCUUCUCAGCCCUUCGAAGGCGAAUGAGCAUCCCCGAGGCGUCACGAAACGGUACCACAUCACAGACUUCCAGCAGCCGUUUGUGCCGGAUCUGGACCGGCAGGAGUUGCCGAAUAGCGUCAUUCUGGAUUUUGCAGAUGGGAGGUCGCUGCAGUGUGCGGGCGAAGACUACACGACACAGGCGGCUAUUCUGAGAUCGUUGAGAGAGUCCCAACGAGCUUGGAGAGAAUUCCAGCAGCUACAGUGA